AUGCCACAGGACCAUCUUCUACCAGACCUGAACUCAGCCCGUCGCACACUUUCGCCGGAGCCCACCGGCGGCAGCGAACGUAAACGACGCCGAAAAGUCCUUUCCUGCUAUGACUGCCGCCGCCGGAAGCUGCAAUGCGAUCGGGCCAUGCCGGCUUGCUCUCGUUGCACCAAGGCCGGUCAAGCAGCCGACUGUCUAUACAUCGACGAUGCUACAGACUUGCCAGUACGACAUGCCGACUCAGCAGCACUCGCAAAUGCCGAGUUUUCGAGAGGUCCGUUCGAGGGCCACCAAACGAGGCCCAUUCAGGCCCCUGCUCCAACGACUGUUGAUACGCUUUCGAGGCUGGAGUACCAGGACAGGCGGAUCAAGCAACUGGAAACGGCCCUGAUCCAAUCAACUCAACUUCCGUCUCAGCCAUUCCUACAUCAACCGAAAGCAUCGAAAUUCCCACUCACCCCUGAAUCGCCCGGAGCAAUCGUCGAACAAUCUAGCGGCCCUUUGAACAUCACCGACCGCGAGACCAUGCUCCUGCGUGGCAAGUCCUUCAAGACGCAAUUCCACGGCAUCACUCAUCCAGGUUCGUUGAUCGCCUACAUUCCGGAGCUCAGCGCCUUCACCAAGGAGACUUUCGAACGAAUACCUGCUCUACUCAGGAUCCGUCAGGAUAUGAAACAGCUUGAGGACAGAACUCCGUACGCUGCGUCUUUGUCUCGGCAAAUAACAGAUGCGGACCUGAAGGCCCAACUGACAUCGAGAGCGGAAGUCGAUCAACUAGUGCAGCUGUAUCUGGACAACUACGACAACAUCUACCACAUCAUCCAUCUGCCCAGCUUCCGCCGAGAGUACAACGACUGGUGGACCCAUCCUCAGCAAGCGAAGGGAUCAUUCGUAGCUCUGAUCGUCCUGAUGACAGCAACCGCGCAGUGUCUCCAACCCACUGAACCAUGGCUGUAUACGGCCAACAGCUCGACGGCACGGGAGCGAGCAAUUUCAGCGAUCCACCUAUGCGAACGAUGGCUUGAAGGGACUAGCCAGAAGCAUGUCUCCUGCGUUGAUUUCCAGAUCCGCUUUCUAAUGAACCUGGCAAGACUUGUCAACGCUCACAAAUUCAAACGUACCUGGACAGACGCCGGCACCAUGAUCCGCUUCUUCAUGGCGGCGGGAUUACAUCGCAGUCCUGACCUUCUACGAAAGCCUACAUCCGCCCUCGACAAGGAGAUGAGGCGUCGAUUAUGGGCAGCAGCAUCAGAGUUUGAGCUUCAAGCAGCGUUCGGACGAGGCAUGAUAUCUGCACCCUUCCCACAGCAAAGCGACUGCCCCCCACCCAGCAACAUCCACGACGAAGAUAUCACAUCGGAAUCCGAACCCCUUCCACCUCCCAGACCAUCCCACGACUUCACCAACUCCUCCUACAUGGUCUUCGCCGCCGACAGCUUCUCCCUCCGCUACACCCUCAACACCGUCCUCAACAACAUCCGCCAAACCAUCUCCUUCGACGACGCCAAACGCUACACCGAAGAAAUCGAAUCCCACCUCUCCUCCCUCCCCAACUGGAUCGGCACCAGCUCAGAGCCCCCCCGCGCCCUCCUCUCCAUCACCCUCCGCCAAUACAUCCUCGUCCUGCACGACCGCCAGUUCCGCCAGGCCAAAUCCCAAUACGAGCGCGACUUCUCCAAACUGACCCUCCUCACCACCGCGAGCAAAAUCAUCUCUACGCAUAAAGACCUCGUGAGUCGAGGCUGUCGCGCCCUGCAACUCCUGUGUCAAGACCAACUCCGCGCCGCGCUAUCCGUCUGCCACAUCGCCUCCACGCCUGACCCAAGCGCCGACGCUCUGUUGACGAACAUGAUCGCGACGAAUGCCGCGACCAUCAUCAACGACACCGCCGACAACCUCACGGACAAAAUCACGCGCUACGGUCGCGAGCAGCGACAACUCUGGAUUGUUCUUGCGGCCAACGGGUUCAUGAAAGCGAAACGCGAUCCUGACUCCCGACUGCUGUACAUGCAGGAAGCGGUGGAUAAGAUCAUCCGGCCUUAUUACAAGAUCAUGGCGUGUCAGGAAGAGACCCCCACGACGAUCGCGGGGGACGGGGUGGUGGUGAGAGAGGAGAGGCGGAUGGAGAUGCCGAAUGGAAUGAACGAAUAUCUGCCGGAUCAUGCGAACGGGCAGGCGGGAGAGACUGGGGGUGGGGAGAUGGGGGUGUUGGGUUUUGAGGAUUUGGCGCAGUGGACUUUUGAGGAUUGGGGGUUUGAUGGGGUGGAGUUGGGGGGGAUGGAGGGGUUGGGGUGA